AUGGCAGAAUCACAACCUUUGUUAUCGGGAAACUUGGGUGCUACACCGGCUCCAUUUGCCGUUGCCAAAGGCCAGCGGCCCCAAUGCAUCGCACAUCGUGGCUACAAAGCCGUGUAUCCCGAAAAUACCAUGGCCGCGUUCAGGGGUGCUGUAGAUGUGGGAGCGCAUGCUAUCGAAACAGAUCUCCAUCUCUCGAAAGAUGGUGUGGUUGUUAUAUCUCAUGAUGCCGAUCUCAAACGAGUCUUUGGCAAACCAGAAAAGGUCAUUGACUGCGACUGGAGCUACCUGAAGACACUACGCACGUUGAAAGAGCCGCAUGAGCCUAUGCCACGGUUGAAGGACUUGCUCAUCUAUUUGGCUGAGCCCGGUCUAGAGGAUAUUUGGCUUCUGCUGGACAUCAAGCUCGAUAAUGAUGCAGACGACAUAAUGAGGUUAAUAGCUGCAACUUUGGCGGAGGUCGAGACGUCAAGUCCCUGGAACAAGAGGGUAUUACUGGGCUGUUGGGCAGAGCAAUAUCUCCCACUCUGCGCGAAAUAUUUGCCGGGUUAUCCUAUAACACAUAUUGGUUUCAAGAUUUCCUAUGCGCGAAGAUUCUUGGCGGUCCCUGGCGUCGGAUUCAACAUGCUCCAGCACGCAAUGGUUGGACCGUUCGGGAAUGCCUUCCUCAGAGAUGUCAAGAAGGCUAAGCGGUCCAUCUUUCUUUGGACAGUCAACGAAGAAACAUGGAUGAAAUGGAGCAUUCGCAAGGAGGUCGAUGGGGUCGUGACGGAUGACCCCAAGAAGUUCUUGGAGAUCUCUAAGCAGUAUAACGGCGAGAAGAUCCACUUGCCUUUAAAGCAAUGGGGAUUUGCUCUUUGGAUGAACAUCCUGGUUGUCGUGUUCAGCCCUCUCUUCUGGUGGAAAUACGGAGUUAAAGUAGACGCUGGAAAUGGCAGAAAGGAGUUCAAGAGCUCAGAGGGGUGA